GCUUUUAGGGCUUUGCGUUGGUACUUUCAAAUUGUGAAAAUCUCUGAAAGAUGAUUAGGGGAGGCAGUAGCUACAUAUCUUCGCCACCGGCCUUCUCAAACGACGCCAAGCGCCUCCUCGUUUGCACUGCCAACACCGUCUCCAUCUUCAGCACCUCCACCGCCUUACAGGUUGCGUCGUUGGAAGGUCACACGGCGGCGGUGACGUCGGUGAUAGUGGUGCCGGGCACUAAGGUUUUGUGCUAUUGCUGGACUGCCUCGCUUGAUGGCACCAUUCGGUAUUGGGAUUUCUCCGUUCCGGAGUUGCUCAAAACGCUCGAUGUUAAAAUGCCUAUUUUCUCUAUGGUGAUUCCAUCUAUAGUAGGUCAACCAGCUGAGAGCAAUGAGAAGCUAACCGAUGUUUUUGCUUAUCUUUCCAUUGAAGAUAAAAAAGUGCAAGAAAACAGGCCCAAAGCUAUGCAUGGACAGAUUCGGAAGUGUAACUUGACUGCGUCUCGUAUGGUUGGUGGAUUAAUUUUGAAAGAGACUCCACAGCCAGAAUUCAUUACUGUAAGUUCCUCUGGCAAAUUUUUUGGCAUCAGAAACAAGCGCAAGCUUCAUGUGUGGUCGGUUCCUGCUAUAGAUUCUGGGCGAUCAUUGGCAAAGAAAAUUACCCUGCAUCAUUCAAAGACUUUGUCAGUUCUUGCAUUUCAUCCAACUGAGAGGAUUGUGGCUGCAGGUGAUGUAACUGGGAGAAUUUUAGUUUGGAGGGGAUUUGGUUAUCGAACAUUUUCUACUGGUGAUGAACUAGUGAAUAAAGAGGAAGAACAUCCUGGUGUGAGGGGGAAUGAUGAUGCUGAUUCUUGCUCCACGUGGCAUUGGCACUCUGCCGAAGUGAAAGUCCUCUCUUUCUCUUCUGAUGGUGCCUAUUUAUAUUCAGGUGGAAAGGAGGGAGUUCUAGUGGUCUGGCAGCUAGACACAGGGAAAAAGAAAUUUUUACCACGAAUUGGAUCUCCACUUCUGUGUUUUACAGAUUCUCCAGAUCCUACACUUUCAUCUAUAUCUUGUGCAGAUAAUCUAAUUCAUAUGCUGGAAAUGCCUUCUAUGGAUAUCUUAAAGACCAUCUCAGGGAUCAAGCUUCCUCAUUCAUUUCCAGGGAGAUAUGAAGGUCUAAGCAGUGGGUUUGCAUUUGAUUACACUUCUGGGUUAGUUGCCCUACGUACAGAGAGCUAUGGCAUCCAAUUCUACAGCUUAUUUGAUGACCAUGGAAUGUAUGAGGUUCAAGUCUGUGAAAGAAACCAUCAGCCAGGUGAUGAAAUCUCGGUUGUAGUGAUUUUAGUGGCUCUCUCCCAAGAUGGCUCUAUGAUGAGUACUGUAGAAGUUAAGCUUCCUGAAGAGGGAAUAGGAGGUCUUGUUUGUCUUAAGUUUUGGGCAUUGGGUUCAGAGAACAAAAAGUUCACCUUGUCCACUGUUAUUUAUGAACCUCACAGGGAUGCUGGUAUUUCUGCUGUUGCUUUUCAUCCUACCCGUCAUAUGGCGGUUAGCUCAUCGUAUGGUGGGGACUUCAAGGUAUGGGUUUGCAAUGAUGAGAUCCACCAGAAAGGUCAGACACUUCAGAAUUCUGGUUGGGCAUGCCUUGCAGUUGGAGCAUACAAAAAAAAGCCAAUGACAGCGGCUGCAUUUUCUUUGGAUGGGUCUGUUCUGGCUGUUGCAGCGGAAACUGUUAUCACAUUGUGGGAUCCUGACAAGAAUGUCCUUUUGGCUGUAAUUGGAGAGACUUUCUCGCCAAUUGUGACCCUGUCCUUUGCUGGAAAGUCAGAGUAUCUAGUAUCUGUGUCGCGAGAUCCAAAGCCGCAACUCUCUGUAUGGAAUAUGUCAAAAUUGUCUCUAUCUUGGUCAUACAGGCUUCACAUUGAAGCUGUAGCAUGUGCGGUGGAUCUGUUGUCUUUUGCAGUUCUUGCCCUUCUUCCUGAAUCAUCUAUGUGUACGGAAUCGAAUGAAUCAAUGUCUCAAGGAAGAGAUGGGGCAAUCCUAUUAUUCAAUGUAAUGGAUCCUGUUCCUGUCGCUUCCUGGUCCGUAAGAAAGGCAAAGGGAGGGGGGCUUUCGUUUCUUCAAGGAAAUCCAUCUUUUUUGGAAGAGAAUAUUUCAGAUGGGAAUGCACCAAAAGAAUUGCUUGUUUAUGUCAAUGGUGAUCAUGAGUACGUACUCUUUGACCCAUAUAGCAAUGAAGCAAAUGAGGUUAGCAUGGCCAGGCGGAAGGGUUUAGUUGAGCUUGAAGAAACAGGGCAAGUUGGAUAUGCGUCUAUUUAUGGAGAGUUACCAGAGUUUAAGAGAAACCAGACUUCAUUGGUCCCAUCUGUUCCAUCAGAGAGGCCUUGGGAGACGAUAUUCAGUGGUUCAUCACAUAAUCUUCCACCCCUCACCAAAUUGUGUGCAGCAUUUCUGGAAUCAUUGAUGGAAAAGAGGACUGCUGCUGUUGAGUGAUUCUUAACUUCCUCUGGUUCAGCUCUUUUUGAGGGUAAGAUGAUGGGUAGAGAAUGUUAUACAUUUGAUUUCAUUAUUCCCUUUUUACCUCCACCGCAAAUAUAUUUUGACAAGACGGAGAGAGUAUGCAUAAAGAUAAAGAAGCUGUAUAGCUGAUAUGCAGACGUGAUAUUAGGAAUAUGACAUGUUUGGUCACCGGUAGGGUGGAACCGAAAAUCUAUCAGCUUUGUACAUUAGCUCCUGGGAAGAGAGAUUAAUGAAGCCAUGAUGGGACCACAAUCUGAACUUUUAAGAUUGGUGGAGUUUGAUGCAUACUUUAAAAGGCCAUUUAGAGAGAGAUUCUAUAUUAAACUGAAGAUGUCCAAGUUUUCUUGGCUCAGAAAAUUUUGUAAUUGUAAGAGGAAGGAUGCUGUGAAAAUUUUGUAAUUUUAUUUUUUUGGUUAAGGUAAAUUUUGCAUUUGAGAUGAGCUUGGUGGUCAGAACUCAGAAGUACUAAAAAACCUCAACCAAAAGUAUCUACGUAGUGUUUGUGAU